AAAACCCUAGGAAAAGCUUACUCCCUAAUCGCUGCGGCGGAUUUCGCAACCCUAAGUAAUUAUUCCUCGAACUUGGUCUUUAUCUCCAUUCGCAACGUGGUUCACCGACUGUGCGUCGAUUCGUCUCUACUUUCGGUUUAUUUUUGCUCCAUUGUAGGGCGAGGAUGAAGGUCAUUGCUGCUUAUUUACUUGCUGUCCUUGGUGGAAACAUUAGUCCUACUGGUGAUGACUUGAAGUCUAUUUUGGAAUCAGUUGGUGCUGAUGUUGAUGAAAAAAAGAUUGAGCUUCUCUUGUCCCAAGUCCAUGGUAAUGACUUGACGGAACUUAUUGCUACUGGGAGAGACAAGAUCGCCUCAGUGCCUUGUGGUGGUGGCGGUGCUGUUGCAGUUGCUGCAAUUGCUGGAGGUGGUGGUGGUGCUUCUGCAGCCCCUGCAGUUGCUGAACCAAAGAAAGAGGAAAAGGUAGAAGAGAAGGAAGAAUCAGAUGAUGACAUGGGCUUUAGCUUGUUCGACUGAUUGGUCUACUGUAGUCCAGCAGAAGCUGCUGUUUUUGGUGCAGUAAUUAGGGAAAAAUCAAUCUGCAUUGAAGCUUCAGCUUUGAUGUUUGUUGUUUAUUUUCCCAAAAAAAUUCCAUCAUGAUCUCGAAUUUUGUUCCUCAACAUAUUUCUCGGUUAUAUUUCUGCUUCACUCAAGUCGACAAACUUGUUAGGAGUUUGAUUGAGAUUUAGCUUCAUUGAAUAUACUUGUGUUUUGUA